AAUCAACAAUAUGAAUGAUCGACGAACCGCAAAUACCCAAUGAUCUCUUAAUACCCCGGCGCAAAGGCAUCAGUCGCAGAUUUGCGCAACUUGCGCCUGCCUCCCGCCAAAUUUCUGAAGCACUGGUCAAAAGCACGCCACUAUGUCUGGUAACAUUGGCAUUGAGCCGGCGCUGCUCGCAAUGGCCAGAGCGAUGCUGGUUGAAGCUAUUCCUGAGAAGUUGCGCUGUGCAACAUGUGACAAAUUGGCGAUCGGCGCUGUCAAAAUUCCUUGUUGUGACAGCACUAUCUGCACCGACUGCCACACCGAUCUCCCUGAUGGCGAGUGCCCAAUCUGCACACACUCUCCCUUCACUGCCUCUUUGUGCUUGCCCGCAAAGGGACUGCAAGCUACUGUUAAGGCAUUCAUCAAGACAGAGGCCAAGAAACGUGCCACUGAGGCUGCUGCUCCCGUGAAACAGUCAGUGGACACGGCAGAAGAGCCUGUUAAGAGCAUCGAGAGUGCCGCAGAAACGCUUGACACAACCGCAACUCUACCCUCGAAACAACCCGAUUCAAGCAAGGCCGCAGGAAACGACAGCGAAAAGAUCGAAGAGGGAGUGCCUCUGGCAGAGCCAUUGGCGGCAGAUAGUGGAUCGGUAGGUUAAGAAUCGACUAUUGGUCGUACUCCCAACACUGACUGAAGAUCCCAUCACAGAUCGAUGAGCAGCAGACUUUGAAUCAAGUGCAGGAAGAGGAAGAAGCCGAUCAAGAAG